AUGACUUCAGAUCCAGAUAAUGAUAUAAACAGGUUUGCGUGCAAUGAGUGCAAGCGAAGGCGAAUCAAGUGUGCUCGAGAGCUUCCAGUUUGUGGAACCUGCCGUUCUGCUAAGAGACAUUGCCUAUAUGAGCAGUCCAAGCGGUCCCCUUUAACUCGAAAGCACUUGACUGAAGUCGAGGAAGAGCUCAACUUUACAAGACAGAUUUUGGCUAGGCAGUGUCCUGAGGUGGAUCUUCUGCAGUUAGUCGGUAAACUUCGAAAUGGCACGAGUAUAGAUGAACUUCCAGAGCUUGGGGAAGUACAGAGCUUGAAACGUCAAAGGAUGGAGCCCACACCACGUCCAGAUGUUUAUAAUUUGGGCCCAACUCCUCAGAUGAAUAUCCUGCUGCUUCUUCAACAUGAAGAAAACGAUUCACACGAACAGUCAAAUAUGCUCUUUCAGAUUCCUCAGUUUCUACCGCCGACCAUCAAUGAGACAAAUGAUGUUUCCAAACUGAAAAGUUCAAACACAUCUUCACCGCUUUCUAAUUCAUGCUCAAGUAAGUGCUCCUGGGAUGAGCGCCGUUCAAUGCUAGAUAGAAAGUUCUCGGUGACUGAUGGCAUGGCUACGACAGAGUCCAAUAGCUACUUGGGCGCUACUAGUUCUGCAGCACUCAUCAACUUGGUUGGAGGCGGCUACUUUCUUCACAAAAAUAGGCCUAAACGGCGUGAGAGCCAACACGGAUCACCAUCAUCUGCUUCAUCACUAGCCUCCAUAUCGGUUCCUUCCAAAGAGAGAAUUGAGCACUAUGUGAACUUAUACUUUGAGACAUACCAUAUUUCCUAUCCGAUUGUUCAUCGUCCACUAUUUCUUGCCCAGUUAAAUGAAGUGGUUGAGGCGCCACCUGGUUGGCGUUCGUUGCUUUACAUCGUAGCAGCGAUCGGUUCUUUUAUGUCUGCCACCAACGCUGAGGAUGACGAUGAUUUAACACUUUUGGAUUGCGCUAAAAAGGAACUAUCAAUAGAGGAUUUGGAGACAGGUUCACUCACGCUUGUUCAGACACUCGCUCUUAUAUCUAAUUAUCUUCAAAAGCGGGACAGACCAAAUUCAGGCUACAAUUACCUUGGUCUUGCUGCUCGUAUGGCAAUGGGACUAGGACUUCACAAAGACUUUACUGAAGCUGGAGAUCUGCUACUCAAUCAAGAAAUGCGUCGACGUGUCUGGUGGUGUCUUUACAUCUUUGACUGUGGUCUGACUAUCACUUACGGUAGACCAUUAGGUAUUCCUUGCGCCGGGAUAGAUGCAAAAUUACCAAUGAAUGUCGUCGAUUCCAAUAUGACAGCUAUGACAGCAACCAUUCCUCGACAAGAACGUGAACCAACAAACUAUACUAGUGUCCGUCUUCAGGCACUUUUCCAUAUGUUCACCAAUAGCAUCUAUGAGCGCAUUAUCAGCGAUCCAUUUCCCCUGGCGCAUACCCUACUUCGUUGGGACUAUGAGUUUAUUGAACGAUGGAAACUGAUGAUUCCUGACAGUUUUCAAGAAGAAGUAAACGUUGCAGCAAAGUUCAAAUUAGCUCAUGCUGUCUUGUACUGGCGAUCAAGGAAUCUACGAAUCAUCAUGUAUCGUACUUUCAUGUUGAAAAGGCUUUUCUCUGACAAGGAAGAACCGGUGGACGAAUACGAAACUAGGGCAGGAGAAAUAUGCCUACAAGAGUGCAGUGCUACUAUUGAGAGUAUGGACACGUUCUGGAGCGAGAAGGCUCAGUACAACAGAAUGGAUGCAUGGUAUUCACUUUAUUUCCUUAUACCUGCUGUGGUAAUGCCAUUGGUAUGUCUCCGGAAUGAUCCUGUUUCUCCAGAAGCAAACGGCUGGCAGUGA